AUGUUUUAUUUUAGACCGGCCGUGGCGCGGCAGCAAUCGGCGCCGACUCUGGUGUUUAGGAGAUUGGCUGAUGAAGAUGACGAGCUGUCAGAAGUACAACCAGACGCUGUCCCACCAGAAGUACGGGAAUGGUUGGCAUCGACUUUCACAAGACAAUUGGCGACCGCUAAACGAAAGUCAGAUGAAAAACCUAAGUUCAGAUCCGUGGCUCACGCAAUCCGAGCUGGGAUAUUUGUGGACAGAAUUUAUAGACGAGUCACAAGUACAGCGCUUAUGCAAUUCCCUCAAGAUGUUGUUAGAGUACUUAAAACGCUAGACGAGUGGUCUUUCGAUGUGUUUGCGUUGCACGAAGCGGCGGCCGGUAUGCCUGUUAAAUACUUGGGCUACGAGUUACUCAACAGAUAUGGAAUGAUACACAAGUUUAAGGUGCCCCCGACUAUACUCGAAAACUUCCUCAGUCGGAUAGAGGAGGGGUACUGCAGGUUUCACAACCCCUACCACAAUAACUUGCACGCUGCUGACGUCGCUCAAACGGUUCAUUACAUGCUCUGCCAGACAGGACUCAUGAACUGGUUGUCAGAUCUGGAGAUAUUCGCGACUCUGGUUGCAGCGAUAGUCCACGAUUAUGAGCACACGGGCACAACAAACAAUUUUCACGUUAUGUCGGGCUCUGAGACUGCUCUACUCUACAAUGACAGGGCUGUGCUCGAGAACCAUCACAUAAGCGCUGCUUUCAGAUUACUACGUGAUGAAGAAUGCAACAUCCUACAGAACCUCUCCCGUGAUGAGUUUCGGGAGUUCCGUACCCUCGUCAUAGACAUGGUGCUAGCCACUGACAUGUCUUUCCACUUUCAACAGUUGAAGAAUAUGAGAUCUCUCCUUUCACUUGCAGAGCCUACUGUUGAUAAAUCUAAAGCAGCGUCCCUUGUACUACACUGCUGUGAUAUUUCGCAUCCCGCUAAGAGAUGGGAUCUACAUCACAGAUGGACAAUGAGCCUUUUAGAUGAAUUCUUCCUUCAAGGCGACAAAGAAAGGGAACUCGGUCUCCCGUUUAGUCCCCUCUGCGAUAGAAACAACACUCUGGUUGCAGAAUCUCAGAUAGGUUUCAUAGACUUCAUAGUGGAACCUAGCAUGGGAGUUUGUGCAGACAUGCUAGAAUGUAUUCUGGGACCUUUACAUUCUAGUACAAAGAAUUCUACCAGUACAGCUGGACAGGAAUCCAUUAGCGAGGAAAGUUCAGGCACUGAACCUACCACGAAAUUCAAAAUCAAAAAACCAUGGGUCGCUUGUCUCACGGACAACAAGAAAAUAUGGAAAGAACAAGCUGCAAAAGACGCAGAAGCCCGUGCGAAGUUGGAAGAAGAAACGAAUGGUACUUCACCGCCUGCGGAUGAAUAA